UGAGCUUAGCCCUCUGACAUUCUCCGACCAGACACUAUAAAAACCGGAGUCGAUUGGGUUGGGUCAAGUAGUCGAUACAUCCAAACCGUGCCAAAAUGUUCAACAAAUCGAUCGUCGUGGCUCUUAUCCUGUGUGCCUGCUACCUUGGCACGAUUGAAGCUCGUCCUGGUGGUGGAGUCCUCGAUGCUGUCGGUGGUGGUGGUGCUGUAGGUACUGUUGUGCCCGUAGCAACAUCACUUGUAAGUGGAGCUGCGGCAGGAGCUACCAGCUCACUUGGGUCCACAGCGGUGGGUCAACUUGGUUCGAAGUUGCCUCUAAACGGUGGAUCCCCACUUUCAGGUGUACUCUAACGAGAUCCCUAAGUCAACUUUAUGUCAGCAACAAAGUGUUUCAAACGAGCCUAUUCAUUUUAUAAGAUUUUGUAAUGAUUUAAUAAACAGUAAAGUAAAGUUUUGAGCAUUUAAAA